CUCUAUUCGCGUAUUUACGGCAGACGGAUCUUCCAAUCCCGCAGCGCUCUCUCCUGCCUGCGGUCACAGCUUGUUGCCAGAACUUCAGUAACGCGGAGACGCCGGAUUUCUUUCUUAUUCAUUCAUGCUCUGCGGCUUUUUCUUCAUUUAUUUUACAUUUAUUAUUGCAAAGCAUCACGCUGAGGCGCACGUCCGGUGUUCUGUAGUCUUCUUCCAAAUCCAUCUGUCCUGAUUUAGGCUGUUUUUUUUUCUGUGGAUCGUCAGAGAGCACUGAUCCAUCAGCCGACGUUAAGACCUUUGGGCUUUAAGGAUAAGAUUCUUAUUUAUAAACAGUUAUAUAACCAAGUGAACGGGGCCAUAGGCGUUUUACGCACACGCCGUUCCUGGAUGUCAGACUUCUUAUUAUCUAUAUUAUAACAAUAUUCUGUUGUAGCAAGCCAGUUCCUGUCCGUGUUCAUGCCAGAUCUGCAGCGAUUCAGUUUUCCAUACCAUAGCAUGAAUCCUUUGUUGGGGGCCAACGCGCAUCUCCAACAGCAUCCGCAGCAGAACCAGGCGCCCGGACACCCGGACUCUCCCUCAGGUCUCCUUCCCGACGCUGUUUUCGGUGCACCGGACGAGGCUUCCCUUCUGCUGGGUGAGCAGCCCGGCUCGGGGCCUGACUUCACCGCACCCUCGCAGUCUUCACCUUAUCUCCAUCACAGCAGCCACUAUCAGCACCGCCCUGUGCCGCAUCCCCCUGCUGCGAUGGCUCUCAGAAACGACCUGGGCUCCAACAUCAGCGUCCUCAAAACUCUCAACCUGCGCUUCAGAUGCUUUUUGGCUAAAGUGCACGAAUUAGAGCGCAGAAAUAAGAUUCUGGAGAAGCAGCUCCAGCAGGCGCUGGACGCCAACAAGGGCUGCAAAGGUGGAUGCUGUGAGAACCAAGCGCACACCCAGGAGGUAAGCGUGCAGACGGGAUUUGUCGGAACGAUACAGCUUAGGCCCGGCUCCCUGCCCUUCCACAACACCAACAACUCGGCCAGGAGGCCUACGACACUGUUCACAACGCCUCUCGCGCCUGCCCUGCCACCUGCAGCCUCUGAAAACUCGAGUGCAACACAAACAAAUGCCGCUUGCAACCCAGCCAUCACCAUCAGCCUAUCCUCCCCCCGUGUGGACUCCCCGGGAUCUGGCUCUAAAACGGGAACUAACAACAGCACAGGUCCGGGAGCCUCCACCAACCCUCCUCCACGGUUCCUUCCGGGCACAAUCUGGUCUUACAACCACACCCGCAAGUUCGGCCCCGGUGCUGAGCGUCUGACCAGCCCAGGAGUAUCCUGGGUGCACCCGGAUGGAGUUGGUGUCCAGAUUGACACCAUCACCCCCGAGAUAAGAGCCCUGUACAAUGUCCUGGCUAAAGUGAAGAGGGAGAGAGAUGAGUAUAAACGCAGAUGGGAAGAGGAAUACACUAUGAGGAUGGAUCUGCAACAGAAGAUUGCAGACUUACAGGAGGACCUGCAGGAGAGCGAAGGCUGCCAGGACGAGCUGGUUCGCAGGGUCCAGCAUCUGAAUACGGAGCUGGUUGUCUUCAAAGGGCUCCUGAGCAAUAAUUUGUCAGAUUUGGACAGCAAAAUCCAGGAGAAAGCGAUGAAGGUGGACAUGGACAUCUGCCGCAGGAUCGACAUCACUGCUCGCUUGUGCGAUGUGGCCCAGCAGAGGAACUGUGAAGACGUCAUCCAAAUGUAUCAGGUUCCUAAUAACCAACCAUCGCUAAACUGCCGCCGUAAACAAACCCCUCUGUCCUUUAAUGGGAGUGAGUGUGACGAGCCCGUCAGCACCUCCGAAAGUGACGGAGCAGUGGUUAAAGAUGAGGAGCACUGUGGAUCUGCUGCUAAUCAGAUCAAUGAGGAGAUGCAGAGGAUGCUAAACCAGCUGCGUGAAUGUGAGUUUGAGGAUGACUGUGACAGUCUAGCGUGGGAGGAGACUGAAGAGACGCUGCUGCUUUGGGAGGAUUUCCCAGGAUGCACUUUGCCUCCAGAUCCCACCCACCCACCGGGAGAGCAGGAGGACUGUCUGGAAAAGGUGAUUAAUGACACCGAAUGUCUUUUCAAAUCUCGAGAGAAGGAAUACCAAGAGACCAUUGACCAAAUUGAGCUGGAAUUGGCCACAGCUAAGAGCGACAUGAACCGACACCUGCACGAGUACAUGGAGAUGUGCUCGAUGAAGAGAGGCCUGGAUGUUCAGAUGGAGACCUGCAGGAGACUCAUCACACAGAGCGAAGACAGUCCGUCUGCUGUGCCUCCACCCGCUGAGGAGAGUGAAGCGAGAGAAAACGACAAGCCGUCGGUAUCUCCACCUUCUUCCUCGAGCAAUGGGAGAACAUGACACAUGCUCACUCCAGCGUUAACAGCGGCUGUGGUCACACGAUCUCAAGUUCAUCCAUGACCACACCGAUACAAUGGGCGCUGACUACGUGACUACGGCAACACCAUGUUUACGUACUUGUUUGACGAGUCAUUUCUUUUUCUGGACACUUUGGAAAGCGAGAUGGAACUGACUGAGCGAGGAAGUCUGUCAUUGUGCUUCAUUUUGUGACGAUUCAGUAGGUUGAAGGACCUAGGGUCAGCUGACUAUAAGUGUGGUUACAGGAAGACAUAGCAUGACUUAUUCAUUCUACACAAACGGACACGAGCUAAAAGAAGGAUAAUGUAAGCGUCUUAAACUCAUCUCUGAUCUGCUUUUAUGGUCACUGAAGCUCUAAAAGUUAAAGUCACAUUUACAGGAAUAUUUCCAGGAAACAAUGAAGCUUCAGUCUUAAAAUAAUAUAACACUGAAUUUUUGAAUUUGAAUCUUUAUCCACACAUGUAGGUUUAAUAAAAAGCCGCGAGAGAGCAUUUUAGUGGCUUGCAGCUGCAUUAACUGUUCACCAUAUCUCUUGCAUAAACGAUAAUAGAAUCACAGGCAAAGCAAACCUGAGGCAAUAAAUGAAAA